GGGGAACGAAAUGUGAUUGGGCGCGGACUACCAACCUCAAGGGCGACGGAGAAACAUCACUCGUGACAAGAGGAUGCGCGUAGCCAGAGGGGGAUGGCUGAAGGCUGCAGCUUUGAAGCGGCGCGGAGCCAGAGUACGGCCAGUCAUCCAGCAUGGCCUCAAGGCCUCGAUCACCUAAGGCCCGUCUUGCAGGGGUUCGACGGCUUCGGCCAUGUCUUUCGUUGAGCAGAAGUGCAGUGCAUGUAGUGCCUGAGUGGAAACUUUCAAUCUUGGCACGCUGAGAUGGGCUGUCGGACCUCGCGCACGCGGAGCAUGAACAGUUACGACUGGUGCCUGUCAAUGUCUGGCACCAGGAAGCUUGGGACCACCCAGAGAGGCACACUCUGAUGGCGCAACCAUGGGGAAGGCAGUUUCCUGUCAUCAGGCACCCGCUGACAGUGGGUCCCAGUGGCUCUGAUGUGCGGAAAGUGGUGACAGGGCCUGCAGGGAUCGCGAUGGUCACGACGCACGAGCUGAGCUGGGAGAUGGCGGACCCCUUGCACAUCGAGCGGGGCGAAGAGGCAGCGCGCGCCGACGUCCGCGAGGGGCCUCCCCUGGAGCUGAACCGAGUGGCAGAGAGGUCCAUCCACUUCGGGCUCUUCGACUGGGCCCACGCGACGGAUGAGAGGUCGUCUUUGAGACCUGCGCCAGGGCUGCUCCCUUUCGAGCAGGUCAGGGGGCGCCAGGAUGGAUGACCAAGAGUGGGCGCCAAGGGGGAUGACUUCGAGACGGGCCAGGUCGACACAGAGAUCUGCCCGCUCUGCGAGGAGCAGUCAGGCUCCUUGUUGCAUGUUUACUACAAAUGGGCGGCGGGCGCAUGCGCUGACGCGCGCAAGCGCCUCACCGAUCCGAAC